AUGGCGGAACACAACAUUGUCGUUUUUGGCGGCGACCAUUGUGGUCCCGAGGUCAUUGCCGAGGGUAUCAAGAUCCUCAAGGCAAUUGAGCAGCACAGGCCUAGCGCUGGGAAGUUCAAGCUCCAACAACAUCUGAUGGGUGGUUGCUCCAUAGAUGCCACCGGAUCCCCCCUCACGGACGAGGCCCUCGCCGCCGCAAAGUCGGCCUCCGCCGUCCUCCUAGGCGCCAUCGGCGGUCCCCAGUGGGGAACCGGCGCCGUUCGACCCGAGCAGGGCAUCCUGAAGCUGCGCAAGGAGAUGGGCACGUACGGAAACCUGCGACCGUGCUUCUUUGCCUCCGAUGCCCUCGUCGACUCCUCCCCGCUAAAGGCCAACAUCUGCCGCGGCACAGACUUCAUCAUCAUUCGCGAGCUUACUGGCGGCAUCUACUUUGGCGAACGCAAGGAGGACGACGGUGACGGCAAGGCCUGGGACACGGAGCCGUACUCACGCGAGGAGAUCCAGCGCGUCGCCCGCCUUGCCGGCUUCAUGGCCAGGGGCCGCGGGGACAAGACAGUUUGGUCCCUCGACAAGGCCAACGUCCUGGCCACGAGCCGGCUCUGGAGAAAGGUGAUGACGGAGACGUUCGAGAAGGAGUUUCCCGACCUCAAGAUUGAGCACCAGCUCAUUGACAGCGCUGCCAUGAUCAUGAUCAAGAAUCCCACCGCCCUCAACGGCGUCGUCGUGACCAGCAACCUCUUCGGUGAUAUCAUCAGCGACGAGGCCAGCGUCAUCCCCGGCAGCAUUGGCCUCCUUCCCAGCGCGAGCCUGAGCGGCAUUCCGGAUGGCAAGAGCAAGUGCAACGGCAUCUACGAGCCCAUUCACGGCUCGGCGCCCGACAUCAGCGGCAAGGGCAUUGUCAACCCUAUCGGAACCAUCCUCUCCGUUGCCAUGAUGCUGCGCUACUCUCUCAACCUCCCCGUCGAAGCGAAGGCAGUCGAGGACGCCGUCCGGAAGGCGCUUGAUGGUGGUCUCAGAACCAAAGACAUGGGUGGCAAUGCUACGACGAAAGAGGUCGGAGACGAGAUCGUCAAAUCUUUGGUGGCCAUACUCGGCUCGUAA